AUGGCCGACCGUUUGACGCAACUCCAGGACUGUCUGGACGACCUCGCAACCCAAAUGUUCGCAUCCAUUCGCUACAUCCAAACGCGCCAUCAAUUCGCCAGCAUCGCAGACCAACCAGACAUGUCCGACCCAACCGCUCCCAAUGCCCCAGCACCGCUACAACCAAAUGCCGCUCCCGACACUUUGACCGCGUCUGCCGCCGAACAGGGAGGCCCCAAUGCCGUUGCUCUGCAACAACAACAAGAACAAGACCCGGAUCAACCACCACGUCCUGACGAUCCUGCAACCUUCCAAGCCGCAUUGAGAGAACUGGCAAGAGACCUGGUGCUCAAGGAACAGCAGAUUGAGUAUUUGAUAUCUGUUCUGCCUGGUAUUGGCGAGAGUGAAGCCAAUCAGAGCCAGAGAAUACAGGCCUUGGAGAAAGAGUUGAGGGAAGCCGACGAAGAGAGGAAGACUGCUUUGGCUGAGAGAGAGGCUAUGCUGGACAAGCUGGGUGCUCUGGCUGGAGAGUGCAAGAGGGUCUACUGA